UCACACACACGGGCACCGGCGGCACUGAACAUGUAAUUCAUCACACUUAUGGCACAGACAGCUCGACUAUAAACAGGAACAAACGGACGUAAACAUCAGGACUUUAAAACAAACACUGUGAGUGACGUGUGACGUUACACACACCUUCAGCACCGUGAUGGAAGGUGUUCAUCAGAUGCUGUGAUGACCAGAGCUCUUGUGAUGAACACACACUGAUUCAUACAUAUCAUGUGCUGUGAGUCUCAUGUGUGUGAAUCAGUGUGUGUGUGUGUGUGUGUGUGUGAAUCAGUGUGUGUGUGUGUGUGUGUGUGUGAAUCAGUCGCUGGUCGUCUGCUGCUGCUCUCAGAGCUUUCAACAGGUUCACAUAGGUCAAAGUUCACUUACAGACACCUGAUCGUCUGAGGUGAGAAAUGGGUGAGGAAAUACUUUCAGCAGAACAAACAGAAACCUGUCAGAAAACAGCAUCAAAACCAUCAAGUUUCUGUGGUAAACUCCAGAAUUGCCCCAAACCACAUGGCUUCACUGCUUCCGUCAUUACCAAAGCUCUGUUGGGGGUGCUGUUGUUCGGGGUGGUUUGGGCAGUGACGGGUCCUUCAUGUCUGCCGGGCCAGAAUCUCUUUGGCCUGGUGAUUCUGUUCCUGUCGGCUGUGUGUGGAGGAAAACUCAUCAGUGUCAUCAGAUUACCCAGAACACCUCCAAUACCAGCUCUACUGGGUAUGCUGCUGGCCGGUGUGGUGUUGCGUAACGUGCCGUACAUCACAGACGCUGUGUACAUUGAUCAGAGCUGGUCUGCGGCUCUCAGGAACGUGUCUCUCGCUGUGAUUCUCACCAGAGCCGGUCUGGGACUCAACGCUGCCGCCCUGCGGCGUUUGAAGGCAGUGUGUGUGAGGGUUGCUGUCGGUCCGUGUGUUUUGGAGGCAUGUACGGUGGCUGUAGUGUCUCAUUUUCUGCUGGAAUUGCCCUGGAUAUGGAGCUUCAUGCUCGGUUUUGUUCUAGCCGCUGUCUCUCCGGCUGUGGUGGUUCCGUCCAUGUUGCUCCUCCAGUCGGACGGAUUUGGUGUUCAGAAAGGAAUUCCCACUCUUCUGAUGGCCGCUGGGAGCUUUGAUGAUAUUCUCGCCAUCACUGGAUUCACCACCUGCCUGGGCAUCGCCUUCGGAACCGGAUCCACAUGGAUGAACGUGGGUAAGGGAGUUCUGGAGGUGCUGGCAGGAGUUCUGGCAGGAGGAGUGAUGGGAAUCCUGCUUCAUUUCUUCCCCAGCGAUGACCAGUCAGAUGUGGUGUUGCGGCGCUCGUGUCUGUUGUUGGGUCUGUCCGUGUUCAGUGUGUUUGGCAGUCUGGCCGCGGGUCUGGGCGGCGCCGGCGGUCUCUGCACACUCGUUCUGGCCUUCAUCGCUGGACUCAGCUGGGCAGAACACAAGGCUCCAGUGGCAGCAGUGGUGGGCCGGUUCUGGGACGUGUUUCAGCCGCUCUUGUUUGGUCUGAUCGGAGCAGAAAUCAGCAUCUCGUCUCUCAGCGCUUAUACUGUCGGUUUGGGUGUCGCCACCCUGUGUGUGGGUUUGCUGGUCCGUGUGUUGGUGACGUUCUCUGUGGUUCUGUUUGCUGGUUUUAAUAUGAAGGAAAAGAUCUUUAUAUCUCUGGCCUGGAUGCCCAAAGCCACAGUACAAGCAGCUAUCGGCUCCACGGCGUUGGACGUGGCCCGCAGCACUGGAGACGAGCAGCUACAGAAAUAUGGGAUGGAUGUUCUGACUGUGGCGGUUCUUGCGAUUCUCAUCACGGCGCCGGUCGGAGCGCUUGCCAUCGGCCUCACCGGACCCAAACUACUGCAGCAGGACACACACGCGCUAGAUCAGUGUGAGAGUGAGAGCAGUCGUGUCGGCGGUCUGGAGUCCAAACUCUGAAUCGCAAACUCAUCUCAACAUGCUUCCAUGAUUUGGUGUUGUUCACACACCUAACCCUUUAUGCACUUGACCUAGCUUUAUUAGUACUGAUCUGCAUGUACGUGACAGCAGAUUUCAGUACAAUAAAACACUAUUUUUUCAAGCAGAAAUGUUUUUCAAGCAGAAAUGUGCACAAAAUAGAUGGUAAAAUAUGAACUAAUAAACCGCUUACAAUAGUCAUUAGCUCAUGUUGUAAUGAUGGCUUUUUAAUAAUGCAUCACUGUUUCGUGAAUCACAUGAUCUGUGAGUUUCUACUCUGUUGUUAGAGGCAGAUGAUCAAACUCUUCACCACAAGACAGAUUUCAUGAUACAGUAAUUUAUUCCUGGAAUUUCUCUCGUGUCUAUGCCAAGUUGUUACUAAUAGAAAGCGGUAUCCUAUAUUUCUCAACAUUGUUGCACAAACAACUGCUGAUUAAAUUUAAAAAACUUUAAACA